AUGCGUCAAGAGGCUGGAUGCCAGGACGCUGAGCGUCAAGAUUUUGGAUGCCAGGACGCCAGGCGUCAAGAGGCUGGACGCCAGGACGCCAGGCGUCAAGAGAUUGGAUGCCAGGACGCCAAGCGUCAAGAUUUUGGAUGCCAGGACACCAGGCGUCAAGAGGCUGGACGCCAGGACGUCAGGCGUCAAGAGAUUGGACGCCAGGACGCCGAGCGUCAAGAGUUUGGACGCCAGGACGCCAGGCGUCAAGAGGUUGGACGCCAGGACGCCGAGCGUCAAGAGUUUCGACUUCAGGACGCCAGGCUUCAGGAAGAUAAUAAGGAGACGACGACGAGGAAACAUGACGUCGAUACUUCGGUCCUAGAACAAUCAGAAGAAGGAAAUGAUGACUUUCCCCCUUCUCCUGUUAAUCCCGUAGAAGACAUUUCGACGAAGAGGAUCGAAAAGAACAGCACCCUUCGUCGGACUUGA